AUGGAAGGUGGACAGGUUAUAAUUACAGAUAUGGAAGGUGGGCAGGUUAUAACUACAAAUAUGGAAGGAGGACAGGUUAUAAUUACAGAUAUGGAAGGUAGACAGAUUAUAAUUACAGAUAUGGAAGGUGGACAGGUUAUAAUUACAGAUAUGGAAGGUGGACAGGUUAUAGUUAGAGCUAUGGAAGGUAGACAGGUUAUAAUUACAGAAAUGGAGAGUAGACAGGUUAUAAUUAAUGAAAUGGAAGGUGGACAGGUUAUAAUUACAGAUAUGGAAGGUGGGCAGGUUAUAACUACAAAUAUGGAAGGAGGACAGGUUAUAAUUACAGAUAUGGAAGGUGGGCAGGUUAUAACUACAAAUAUGGAAGGAGGACAAAUUAUAAUUACAGAUAGGGAAGGUGGACAGGUUAGAAUUACAGAAAUUGAAGGUGGAAAAGUUAGAAUUACAGAAAUGGAAGGUGGACAGGUUAGAAUUACAGAUAUGGAAGGUGGACAGGUUAGAAUUACAGAUAUGGAAGGUGGGCAGGUUAGAAUUACAGAAAUGGAAGGUGGACAGGUUAGAAUUAAAGAUAUGGAAGGUGGACAAGUUAGAAAUACAGAAAUGGAAUGUGGACAAGUUAUAAUUACAGAUAGAGAAGGUGGACAGGUUAGAAUUACAGAAAUGGAAGGUGGUAUCUGGAAGUUGGACAGGUUUUUUCAUAUCUUUGUUGUGAUCACACUCAAUAAGAGAAUAUUCAUUCAUGAAGAAGAAGAAGAAGAAGAAGAAGAAGAAGAAGAAGAAGAAGAAGAGGAAGAGGAAGAAGAAGAAGAAGAAGAAGAAGAAAAAGAAGAAGAGGCACCGUAG